UGUGAUUUUUGGGCAUAUAAAUAGACAAGUAACAACUAAGCCCAAAUCAUCUACUCUUAGACGCAACAUGGGUUUAUUACAAGCAUUGGUCCUCACGGUUAUGUUAGCUGGCAGUCAAGGCCACAGAAAUAAAUGGUGGAGUGGUUGGGACAACGACAAUACCUUUAAAUACCAAUACUGCUUUGAUGGCGGAGAAACAGAUCUUGAAUGCCCGGAUGGCUAUUUGAUCGAUAUCAAUAAUGCAGUCUACAAAUACAGUUAUUAUCGAUAUUAUCGUUGCAGCGACCCCAAUGCAUCACAAAAGGUCAAAGACCUUUGUGACGGAUUGAAUAGUUGUACUUUCACGUGCGACGAUCAGUUAUUCAAUGACACCACGUGUACCAACAGAAACGAAAGAUUAAAUGUUUGUUAUAAAUGUGUCCCUGAUCCCUGUGACUCGUUUUACUGUGCUAAUGGAGGAAUGUGUAAGCUGGGAGCAGAUCUAGAGCCUAUGUGUCAAUGUCUCGGAGACUGGAAUGGCACUCGCUGUGAUGAAAAUCCAUGCAAUGACGUCAUGUGUACAAAUGGUUCUUGUUUGGUGAACGCUACAACUGGUACAGCAGAGUGUUGUUCUACAGAAAUGACAGCGGGUAACAAUUGUUCAGAUCCAUGCGAAGAAAUUAUGUGUCAAAACAACGGGACGUGUCUUAUCAACCCGACAGAUGAGACUGCUCAGUGUUGCUGUCCUGAGGGUUUUAUGGGAUCAAUGUGUGAAACUCAAGUUGACGCCUGUACAAACAACCCUUGUGGUAACGAUGGCAACUGCAGCGUCAACGCCUUAGGAUUAGCACAAUGCACGUGCGCAGAGGGAUUCAGUGGACCUCGAUGCAAUGUUGAUUGUAAUCAGCAGUUACCAUGUGCGACCGGUUUUGAGGAGAUACCAGCUAACUCUGGGAACUGUUACUCUAUCUGUACUGUAGAUUCGCAGUCAUGGCUUGCGGCUGAGGUGUUUUGUCUGUCAAUCAAUGCAACGCUAUGGGAGCCUAAUGAUGCUGCAGAAGUAAAUAGCAUGGUAGCUGUAUUACAAAAUCGCGGAGUUACUGAAGAAUACUGGACAGGAGGAUUUGAUGGAAUAAAUGAAGGUGUCACUGUAAUGGUUGGUUCAGGUUUACCUUUCACUCAACCAAUUGAUGGUACCAAUACUGUUGAUAAAGACUGUGUUGAAAUUGAGAGAGAAAGUGCUCUGACGGGCUGGCAAUUUAAAUACAGAACAUGCACUGCAACCACAAGGAGGUGUAUUUGUGAAGCACUGAAACCUUGCCAGCUUCCACCAACACCAAUCAUUCCAGUUCCUGGUACGGCCCCAUAAGCGGUUGACAGAGUUAUAAUAGUUGUGAUAAUUGUCAUUCAUAAAAAGUAGUACAUUUUGUUCAUUUUAAACUUGAAGAACUUUUCACAUUAAAGUUAUUUUGUUUAGUUCUGACCUAUAGGGACAAGUGCAUUUAAUUACAAGGAAUAAUAUGUUAAUUUAUUGACUAAAAAAGUAUUCAUUUAUAACUGUCCUCAAGUAUCAUUUGUUUGAUUUGUUUCUUAUAUCGUUUUACUUACAAUGUGACUAUCAUCUCUGCAUUGAGUUUUCAAUAAAUAAAGAUGUUUUAUUUG